CAUUUAGCAUAAACAUGUCGUUGCUCGGUUCUUGGUACAGUCCAAUGUCCUUCGCUCAGAGCAGGAACCCCUGAAGGCCACAGCUUGGUGUCAACUGAAGGGAAGCAUGGUCAGAUUUGCAUUACCAACCAGCAUGAAUUGGGGACACAUAUGGGUUCCCAUGGGCAUCGUGAUCGGAUGGUACCUUGACAAACAACAGGAUAAGAAGCUGACGGCAUUCAGAAACAAGAGUGCAUUGUACAGUAGAGAGUUGAAACCUGGUGAGGAGGUGACCUGGAGGUAGAAGCUUCCCUGCUUGGAAAGCUCCGUCGAAUUGAGUGGGAAUGAAUGAUGAGUGGUCCUCAGUUUGUAAUAUUUAAGGAGACUCCUGUACACCUUGUUUUGAGUUGUAUCAACUGAAAAAAUAAAUAAAAAUGUCCUCCAAAUUUA